CUCAUCUCUAUGUAUGAAACCCCAAGACCUCUCCUCCUCCUUAUCUCUGCAACCCCAAACUAACCCAGUCUAAUCUUCCUGCGCCUCUCGUCUACUUGGAUGCGAGUCACUGUCUAGAUCCCCGAAGAGAUCUUCCAGAUAAAUGGAUCAUGAGGUGCUGGUGCAUAUACUUGAUGGAAGAGAGAAGCCGACAAACCUACCAUUCACGCUUUUGAAGAACAUCACAGAAAAUUUCUCGGAUGAUCGAGAAAUAGGCCAUGGUGGAUUCGCAAUAGUUUAUAAGGGAGUGCUCCCAAAUGGGAGCGACGUCGCGGUAAAGAGGAUAAGGAGCACGCAUUCAAUCAAAGAGACAUUAUUUUAUCGUGAACUUGACUGCCUGUUGAACACUGAACACAAAAAUGUGGUACGGUUUCUUGGCUACUGUGCUAACACAGAGCAAAUAGCCAUACAGAUCGAAGGAUUGAAAGAACAUGUUUACGCUGAGCUGAGAGAAAGACUACUUUGUUUUGAGUAUAUAAGCAAUGGAAGUCUAUAUAUUACCGAUGAAUUACGGGGAUUUGAAUGGAACACACGUUAUGAAAUAAUUAAAGGCAUUUGUGAAGGUUUGUAUCAUCUGCACAAGGAAAAGCAAAUAUAUCAUCUGUCUUUGAAACCUGACGAUAUACUAUUAGACAAUGAUAUGGUGCCGAAAAUCACGGACUUCGGUUUAUCGAGACUUGAUGAAAAGUCACAAACCAUGAGCAACGACCGUUUCAGAUCAUUAGGAUAUUGUGCUCCUGAAUACGCGUAUGAGGGAAAGAUGUCAUUCAAAUCAGACAUGUACAGUUUAGGCUGUAUAAUUAUCGAACUGGUGACGGGACAACGGGAGGUCCCUAACAAAAGCAAUGUACUUAGGAGAUGGAGGCACAGAUGGAAGAAAACAGGGAAGGAAACACCGUUGGUUUCCCAACAAGUAGCAAAAUGUCUUGAAAUUGGGUUACAAUGCCAGGAAAUUGACCCAUCCAAACGACCUUAUAUGUGGGAUAUGAUACAUAUUACAAGAGAAAUUGAAGGUGCUAAUGGAAAAAUCAGCAAUGCCGAUGAAAAUACAUCGAGACAGAUUUGCCCUUACUCUGAAGGUGAUAUGCUUCGAAUUGAGCCACUCGAACUACAUUUUCCUCUUGAGGUUAACAAACAAAUGGCAUGCACACUUCGGCUAAGCAAUGGGACGGGCUCUUACAUUGCCUUCAUUGUUGAAAACUUGAGCGGAUUGCAAUACUCAACACAACAACCUAAAGGCCUUAUGCCACCACAAUCCAAAUGUAAUGUUGAAAUAACAGUGCAGCUGGAGGGGAAGGCUCAGAAAUAUAGGCAUCAUACGAAUGAACUUACUGUGUGGAGCACAAAAGUGAAUGAUUGCUACGCAGUUGAGGAUAUAACAAUAAGCAUGUUCUUGAAGGAGGUGGUCAACGUGGUUGAUCAGGUAAAUUUGGAUGUGGUUUUUGACGCCGAACCACAAGAAGCAAGUGGUAAAACCAGUGAGGUAAGCCCUUACAUGAAGGAUGAUAUGCUUGGGAUCGAGCCACUCGAGCUUCACUUCCCUUUUCAGCUUAACAAGGAGAUAUCAAGCUCGGUUGAGUUAAGUAACGAGACAGGUGCUUACAUUGCCUUCAACAUCAAAACUACGAGCCCCCUGCCAUACUGCACAGAGCCAAACAAAGGUGUUGUGCUGCCAUGGUCCAAGUGCAUUGUCACGAUAACAUUGCAAUCUCAGCAUAAGGCACCGGAACAUAUGCAGCAAGCCUACGCAUUCAUCUUGCAGAGCACGAAAGUAAAAGAUGGCCUUGCGGCUGAGGAUAUAUCUACCGACAUGUUCAAAGUAGAGGGAGGGAACAUGGUUGAUGAGGUUAAUUUAGAUGUUGUUUUGAUGCACAACUACAAAGUCAGCCUCUGGAUGUCGACAAGCUCGACCUCUCCUUCCCAUUUGAACCCGACAAUUUGAUCCCAAAGGUUCUGACACGAGCUAUUUUAAAAGCCAUCACAAAUGAUUUUUCCUCUAACUCAGAAAUCGGCAGGGGUGGGUAUGGAGUGGUUUACAAGGUAUGCCACCAUUUCUUCCACUCCCCUUUUCAAAUAUUAGAUGUACAUAUCGUACCGGUUUUAACUUACAAACAUAGGGAGUUUUUCUGACUGGAGAAAUUAUUGCUGUGAAGAAGCUAUUUGAAAUACGUCAGCUAAGAGAUGAUGAAUUCCGAGAUGAGGUGAGCCAUCUUACAGGGAUCAAGCACAUAAAUGUAGUGCAAACUUUAGGCUACUGUGCUGAAACAAGUCAGGAGCUGAUACCGCAACCAACUGGGAGGCCUAUUUGGGCCGAAACGCCAAAACGGUUGAUAUGCUUUGAGUAUGUGCCCAACAAAAGCCUUGACAAGUAUAUUUCUGAUGAAUCUUUGGGCCUUGACUGGAACUUGCGAUAUGGGAUAAUCAAAGGUAUUUGCAAAGGUUUGCAGUUUCUUCAUGAGGAAUGCCAUAUGGUUCAUCUAGACCUUAAACCUGAAAACAUAUUGAUGGAUGCUUCAAUGGCACCAAAAAUUGCGGACUUCGGUUUGUCAAAGAUCUUUGGGGACCAACAAACACGAUUAGUUAUAAAGGAUAACCGUAAAGGGUCACUUGGAUAUAUGGCACCGGAAUACACACUCUAUGGCAUGCUCUCUUUCAGGGCAGAUAUCUACAGUUUGGGUGUAAUAAUAAUACAGAUAGUCACGGGUCAUAGGGAAUAUCCACUCACUAGUGCAUAUUUCAAGCUUUUCGAUGAGAAUCAUUGUCCCCAGGCUACCGAAAUAUCUUCCAAGGAAUUCACAGAGAAGGUGGUUGGGAACUGGGAGAAGAGAUUUGCAUCCACAACGAAAUAUAAGCCCAUGAAAAAAUAUACCAAACAAGUAAAACAGUGCAUCACCAUAGCACUCAGUUGCGUGGAUGUUGACAUGGCCAAAAGACCUACUGUAAAGGAUAUAAUUCAAGUUCUUACUACGGGAGACCAGGUGAUUCCAGGCUCCGUGGAGCUUCUUCGUGUCGUCCAGCAAAAGCUGAGUUUGCCCUUCGAACCCAACAACUUGGCUAGGGCACAUGAUGAUGUAUUGGAGAAGAAUCUAGACGGUUUAAAAGUUAAACCGACGGUUUUUGAAUUAAAAUAUUUGCAAGAUAUCACACACAAUUUUUCCGCAAAAUCAGAGCUAGGAAGAGAUGGAUAUGGAGUGUCUUACAAGGUUUGGCCAUAUUUUCUCUCUCUCCACAUUAGGAAUGUUAGACUAUAUCUACUAAGAAAGAUGUUUGACUUACACAGGGACUUUUUCCAAGUGGAGAAAUUAUUGUUGUGAGGAAGUUAUUUGGAAUAGAUAUAGAUGAUGAAAAAACAUUCGAGAACGAGAUCAGCUACCUUACACGGAUUAAGCAUCGAAAUGUAGUACAGUUUGUAGGAUACUGUGAUGAAUCACAUUGGGAACUGACACCCCAACCAACUGGAAGGCCUAUUUGGGCUGUACUACAACACAGAUUGCUAUGCUUCGAGUACAUAAGCAAUAAAAGCCUUGGCAAAUAUAUUCACGAUAUGAUCACCUACCAGUAUACAUGAUGUAUUUCAUUUUUAUUUGUCUUAUGUGAAAGUUUACUCUGCUA